AUGGCGACGACGGCGCCCGCGGGACGCCCCGAUCCGAGGAUGGAGGGAAAAGAUACCGACGUGGAGUCCGAGGUGACGACGAGCGCGGAGACGCAGUCGCGGAAGCGAGGACGGGGGGGCGAUCGAACGCUCGGGACGGCGGUGCGGAGUGGGUCGUUUCACGGACGAUUGGAGGGCGCGACGACGUCGUGCGGAGGGCAGGAAGAGAGCGGGGGGGGGCAGCACUUCGCACUGGGUUCGACGCUGUAUAAACGACGAACGAGGCACGAGCACGGGAGGGAGAUCGCGCGAAGAUUGAUCGAUUUUAGAGGCUUUGACUUGAGCGAGGCGCAGGCGAACGACGUCGCGCGGUUCAUCGAUCUGUUGCCGGAGGAGAUGGAGGAGCGAGUGCGGGAGGUGUUGGAGAAUUGCGUGGAUAUCGAUGACGCGAUCGCAAAGCUGGCGAGCGUGAAGAUGUUGGAGCAGACGGCGCAGUGCUCGGUUGGGGACUUCAGCGAGGCGACGCUGUCCGAGGCGCACAGCGGGCUCACGGGAGGGGAGAGAGGCGAGGGUGAACGGGACACCGCGACGGCGACAUCGAGCGCGCCAGUUCUGACGUUGGAGUGGGUGAACGCGGUCGUGAACGAAAUGGGGUCGUCCGUGGAUAUGUCUGACGCGCAGAACAGAGCGACGCGCGUUUUGCAGACGUUUGAAGGCGCGGUUCGACAGCGGUGCGCUGAGCAGAACGAUCACAGCAAGAUGAUGAAGCUGAAGAGGGAAAACGCCUUGUUGAAGAGAGCGGUUGCGAUUCAAAACUCUAGGAUGCAGGAUCUGAAGCCGCUCCAAACGCGCGUGGGCGAGCUUGAGUCUGCGUGUGCGCAGUACGACGAACGGCUCAAGGCGGCGGAGCGACAGAAUUACUCUCUUCAGGUCAACCUGAGACUCGCGAUGCAGCACGGGGAGCAAUCUCAGUCGCCUUUCGGGUCGAAAAAUCACGAUGUAUUUUGA